UGUGUCCAUGGUGAUUGACAGACAGAGCGUGUAAAAUCCAUUUCCCAUGCUGUGCUUUGAAAUGCAGAACCGAACCACCUCUCCCGAGGAAAAGGGGAGCAUUUUUACUCUAUACAUGUUCUUCUGUAACUUCGAAGAACCAGCAUUUGGAGAAGUAAACCAGUUAGGAGGUGUAUUUGUCAAUGGCAGACCACUGCCUAAUGCCAUUAGACUGCGGAUAGUCGAACUGGCCCAACUGGGGAUUCGACCCUGCGAUAUCAGUAGACAGCUUAGAGUUUCACACGGUUGUGUCAGUAAAAUUCUGGCUCGGUACAACGAGACCGGUUCCAUAUUGCCCGGUGCGAUCGGAGGCAGCAAACCCAGGGUGACGACCCCCACAGUGGUCAAACACAUCCGAGCGUACAAACAGAGGGACCCAGGGAUUUUUGCGUGGGAGAUCCGAGACAGACUCUUGGCUGAUGGAGUCUGCGAUAAAUACAACGUCCCUUCGGUGAGCUCCAUCAGCAGAAUCCUACGCAACAAGAUCGGAAACUUGUCGCAGCAGAACAAUUACGAAUCGAGUAAAACUCCAGCGCAUCCAUCUCCGCAGCCGGCUCUCCAGUACAAUGCAAUUUAUUCGUAUUCGAGUCCCAUCACAACAGCCGGAGCUAAAAUGCCAACGUCGCCCGGUGUGCCCGCAAUCCCAGGACACGUGGGAAUUCACAGGACCUGGCCUUCAUCACACUCUGUCUCUGACAUCCUGGGGAUUAGGGCAAUCAUCGAGCAGCAAGGUGCUAUUCCCAUUAGUGACAGUUCUUCCUAUCCUACUAAAGUGGAGGAGUGGAACAGUAUAAACAGGAGCCACUUCCAGUCCUCAAACCAGGCUGCAGUGAAUGGACUGGACAAGUCCCCAUUGGAGCAGGAAGUCAAGUACACUCAGGGUCCUAAUGGUCUGCCUACAGCUAGCAGCUUUGUGUCUGUUCCAAGUAUGGCUCCUUACCCUCCACCUACACAAGUAUCUCCCUAUAUGACAUAUAGUGCAGCUGCCUCCAGUUACAUGGCAACCCACGGCUGGCAACAUGCAAGUGGCAGCACACUACCAACUCACAGUUGUGACCUUCCCACACCAUUGCCAUUCAAAAGUGUUCAAGCAACCAGAGAAGGUAGCCACUCCAUUGUAGCCUCUGCAUUGUAGUAAUUAAUUACAAUACAAAGCAGUUUAGUGCCAGCAUAACAUUAAAUAAAGUAUUUUGGUACAGACAUGCAUGUUUUAUGGAAAUUCAAAAACUUCAAUUUUUUUUGUUCAAUGGACUUUGAAUCUCCAUGAAAUACUAGCCCCACCCCUCACUUUAUCACUGGAACCCAGACUUUUGUAGGACACAGGUAAUAACACAAUUGGCAUUUAAAGAAUAUGAAUGCCAGGAUGAAUGCAUAAUUAUGUUCCAGGCUAGAGAUGAAAAAUACAAGAGAAACGUCUUAAGUCACUAUAUGCCUGAGAUGAUGGUUGGAAUUUUGAAAAGUCAGCGUUUUCAUUUGAGUAAGAAAACUCAGUGUUCCAUCUGAUCUUCUCUUAGACCGCAAUUUUAACAUUUGAUCACAGAACGGCAUCACCUCUAGUUAUAAACCAAGUAUGGCUUGAAAAUCUCAAAUUUGUGCAUUAGCAGGGAAAUGUGGUGGCAAGUGACAUGUAAAGGGAAGGUGGCAAUAUUACUGAAAAUGUGUGGAAAUUGUAAUAAUAGAUUAAGUGUAAAAUAUCAGAGCACCAGAUUUUCAAAAUGUCAUGCUGUUAUGGAUACAAAUACAAUUG